AUGGCUCCUGCUUUCAUUUCUGAACCUCCUUUCUCCUCCAAGAAGAAGAGGACUAAUGGCUCAGCGAAAUUGAAGCAAAUCAAGCUUGAUGUUAGGCGCGAACAAUGGCUUUCUAAAGUCAAAAAGGGAUGCAAUGUUGACUCAAAUGGAAGGGCUGAUAGUUGUCCAUCAUCUAAGCACAUUGCGAACGAGGAGAAUCAAUCACCAUGCAAGGAAAACACGAGGAAAGGAGGAGAGGAUAGUAAAUGCACAAUAGAUAGCUCUAUUCAAAGUACUUAUAAUCACAAUGUGUCAAGGAAUGGUUUUACCGGUAGCAGCAGGAGCAGCACAAGUACGUUUUCCUCAGGAAAUCUCAGUGAGGAAGAUGGAUGCCUUGAUGAUUGGGAGACCGUUGCAGACACUUUAUACGCAGACGAUAACGAGCAUUCCACGGUUUUAGAGACUCCUUCAGAAGAUGAAAUGAAGAAGUCUUAUGCUAGUAAUUCAGAAGCUGCUAACAAUCACUCGAUAAAAGAGUUCCGGUCAGCAGUUUCUGAAUCACAUAUAAGUUGUCGAGCAUGGAAACCCGACGAUACUCUUCGUCCGAGGUGUUUGCCCGACCUCACAAAGCCGCAUAGUUCUCCGAUGAAUACAAAUUGGCAUGGUAGCCACAAGAUUGUGCCUUGGUCAUGGCAAACAAUAAUUUCUCAACCUUGUCAAUGUCCUAUAUGUUACGAGGAUUUAGACGUGACAGACGCCGAAUUUCUUCCUUGUUCAUGUGGAUUUCAUCUAUGCUUGUUUUGUCACAAAAGGAUCAUCGAGGCAGAUGGGCGGUGUCCGGGAUGCAGAAAACUAUAUGAUCAUGUAUAUGAAAAUGUUGGAUUCAAUAUAGAAGCUAAUGCUUUUUAUAUAACUCAAACAUGUAGUAUGAGUACAAGGUGUGUUAGAUCAUAA